UACAUUAUUGUCGGUAGGGUUUUAGGGAUUACUGCGAAUAUACAUAUGUACAUGUACGCUCUUACAUAAGUGCGCGGUGCAAGAAUAAUAAAGUGUCGCGGUUCAUAGGUAGUAUUUGAAGGUUAUCGAAUUUUUUAGCCACAAUAAAAAUUUCAGUGAAAGUUUUGUUUCGUGUUUGCGAUAUUCUGUUCGAUGCGUUGAAAUAAUCGUUACAAGCAGUGUUGCAACUAAAUUUGAUUUAUUUACGAACGCGAUCGUACGAUCGACAUAUUUUUGAACACCGAACCGGUCAUCUGUCGUGUCGAGUUGCUGACGUUGAAAAUUAGAGCAACGUGAUGAUGAUUUUGGUUAGAGUUUUCUAAUGUACGCAUCGAACGAUUGAUUUUCGAAAUAAAAGUUUUUCACACUCUAAUCGAUAGUACUAAAACGCAAUAAUGCAUACUUUUUUUACGCGUGCUAAUGCUAUCUCAGCUUAUGCAUUGAGUAUUCUGGGGUGUGUAACGUUUUGUUGUUUUCUCUCGACUGUAUUUAUCGAUUAUAGAGCCUAUGCAACAUUAAAUACCGUAAAAGUAGUUGUAAAAAACUUUAAUCAGGUAAUAUUGUGGGAUAAAAUAGUGCUUCGAGGAGAUAAAGCAGCUCUAGAUUUUAAAAAUAUGAAUACGAAGUAUUACUUUUGGGAUGAUGGUAACGGUUUAAGAGGAAAUAAAAAUGUCACGUUAACGUUAUCAUGGAAUAUUAUACCAAAUGCAGGACUUUUACCAAGCGUCAACGCUUUUGGUUUUCACACUUUUGAAUUCCCAUCUGAGUACACAUCGUUGCGGGUGUAAGACAUUUAUUAUACAUGUAAUAUAUUAAUAUUGUUUGCUCAUUGUUGUUGAUGUAAAAUCAGUGUACAAUGAAUGUAAUAUUAUUUUCAUGUAUCAUUAUUAAAAAUCAGGUCAUACACAGUUUCAUACA